AUGUUCGCUGUUGAGAACUCAAUCGAUGGAACCGUGGUGCCAAGCUUAGCCGGCAAGGCUAUAGCACAUGGCUACCGCGAGGCUCUUUGUGGUUUUAUAGAAGUCAAUUUUUCGGGCCAGUUCUACGCCUACAGCAACCGCAUCGAUAUAAAUUGGUUCGACGUGGUUCGUGACUACCAGGAAACGACUGGAACGGCACUCGAUUGGAGUAUACGUAGUCUUGGUGCUCUACAUAUUGGCCGCUCACAAGACAAUACCCAAGUGGGCCUUAUUGGCCGAGAGAUGUACGGCCGGGCACUAAGUCACCUAAUACGAAGCCUGAACAACCCGGCUCUGGCUACCACAGAUGAUACUCUUGGUGCCGCUAUCCUCUUAGGGGUAUUUGAAAUGGUUUGCUCGAGCGGUCAGAAGUCAUGGAUGAUCCAUUCCCGUGGCAUUUCGUACCUUUUUCAGGCACGCGGAGCUCAGGCUCAUGCUCACGGUCUCGGUCGGACCUUUUUCUUGUCCUUUCGAGGUUUUCUCGUAUACGAUGCGCUGAUCCGCGGUGAACGGUGUUUCUUAGAAGACAAGGAGUGGAAGUCGAUCAUCCCGGACAUGAUUAACGAGGACAGGCGACGUGGAAAAGCUAGUCGGCUGGGUGAGCUGAUUGAAUUCUCAUUUCAUGAAGUAGCUCGCUGUCCAGGCUUCCUCGCGGCAACACGGACUCUAGUCGGAUCUGCACAAAGAGCAGAUACUGAGAGAGAAUGCCUCAUUGCUUCAAUUUCUGAUUGUCAAAGGACUCUGCUCGAGUAUCACUACGAAGGAAUCGCUGCCAUGAAAGCCAGUCAGCAACCCAACAGUAAUGAGGGCUGGCAUUUCUUUGGGCCAAUUCCCAAUCGGGUUCAAGUUUCACUUGGAGAAUUCACCUUGAAAGGAAUGAGUUCAGCUAUUGCUCUACUCCAGCAACUACUUGUGAUCUUGAGCUCCGACGGUUUACGCAGAGGGACUUCGGCAUUUGGUUCAGGCAAUCAACAGUGUCAAAUUCAAUGGGAAAAUGUCAGCUAUCCGUUGACGAUCAAAUCGAACAAAACAGAGAGUUCCUCUGACAAGGUCUCCAUUUCCAAGGAAGAUAAUGGAACCCCGUAUACAUGGUUUGAUCAGGUCUCUAUGAUGAUGGGCAUGGUAAUGAACGAAUAA